ACAACGUCAAAACUAUAAACUUACUGUUAGUCUAUGGUAAAAUUUUACUUACGUGUUCUACAAUGUGUACACAACUAUAACAAUUUAUCUUUCAUAGUGGAAGGGAGCUGGAAGAACGGAUCAGAAUCGACGAAUAUACAUGGUGUCGCCAUGAAUACUCAACACAAUAAAAAUCGAAGAGUCCAGAAUCAAAUAUGCCGAUUCCUCAUAAUAACAUUGAUUUUUUUUGGGUUAAGUGACACGAUUUUUAAAAAAGUUCUAAGCCAAGAACAUUUUCACCUAAACACACCUCCAAUAUUAUUAGUACCGGAUCGGAAUUGGCGGAUUCCAGAAAACGAAACAGUUGGUCAAAUUAUCGCACGAAUUCGUGCUGACGAUUCUGAGAAUAACGAUCUUACAUUUGGUCUUGAAGCACAAUAUGAAGGGAUUAGACUUCCUUUUCGUAUAGAUCCCGUAGGAGGUAUUGUGUAUCUUAACGAGAGUCUUGUUGGAAGGGGCGGAGAAAAUUUUUUCUUAUAUAUUACAGUUACUGAUGGAGAACUUACAGCAAAAAAUGAAGUGUAUGUUAACGUUUUAUCAACAAAUGAUAGCAAAAAUAAAUAUGUUAGAAAUCUUACGUCCCUUACUAAUGUGAUACAUAAUGUGUCAUUAUUUUUGCCAUCUUUCGAUCGAUUACCUGGAGUGCAAUCAAUUCGAAACCAAGAAUCAAAUCUAAAAUCGGUGAAGCUAUCCCCAACAAACAGCAGUGAUAAUGAAUCGCCAAGGCAGUUAGAUAUAAAAACAAAAGAAAAUAAUAAUAAUGAACACUUCAAUGAUUUAGCCCAUAGUAAAAAAAUUAAUCAAAAGAAUUCAUCAAUAACAACCGAAAAUGUUCUUUUAAACGAUAACUUGGAAAUGAAACCACUUAAUAAAUCAAUUAAAUACUCAACAGAAAAUAAAGAUAUAUAUGAGUACAAUACACAAAUUGUUCUUGUAGUUGUAACAAUUUCCAGCAUAUUUCUGUUCAGUAUCGUAGUGCUUAGCAUAGUGUUUCGUAAAAGGUUGUGUUCGUUUGGUAAAACAUUAAAGGCGAAAUCUAAGGAAGAAAUGAUAAGGGCAUGUAAUCAAAAUAAUUUUGACAGUAUGCAUUUAAAUGAUGGCAGCCGAAAUUCUAUGGUUUUAAACCAAUGGCAUGGUCCCAUGGCUUACAGUAAUAGGUAUGUACCGUGGGAAACUGAUCUUCAGCGGAAUCAACAGCAUCAUCAGGAACAGCCAACUAACGAAAUAUCUCAUACUACAUCAAACGUGGGAUCGAUUGGUAAUCACGAUACCAUUUUAGUUAACAGCACAACAGUAUCAAACAGUGCGGUAGAAACAAUAACGAUUCAUCAAUCUGGAAAUAAACAGUGCGAAUUCCCACGACAUAGACUAAAAUUUUUUCACAUAUUAGGAGAAGGCGCUUUUGGACAGGUUUGGCGCUGUGAAGCCACUGAUAUCGGUGGAGUUUGCGGAAUUUCAACAGUUGCUGUGAAAACAUUAAAAGAAAAUGCAACAGAAGCGGAGAAGAAGGAUUUGCUGUCAGAAUUGGAGGUAAUGAAAUCGCUGGAGCCCCAUGUGAACGUUGUAGGAUUUUUAGGAUGUUGCACGGAUAAGGACCCAAUUUUUGUGAUAAUGGAAUACGUGAAUAAAGGCAAGCUGCAAACGUAUUUAAGAUCAUCUCGGGCUGAACGUCACUACGGAAACACUCAUGGAAAAUCAAAUAUUUUAACUUCUGGAGAUUUAACUUCAUUUAUAUAUCAAAUUGCCAAUGGAAUGCAAUUCCUGACUUCCCGCGGGAUUAUACACAGGGAUUUAGCAGCGAGAAAUAUACUUAUAACUGAUAAUCACAUAUGCAAAGUAGCAGAUUUUGGAUUUGCGAGAGAUGUAAUCACUUCCAAAGUUUAUGAACGAAAGAGUGAAGGGAAAUUGCCCAUAAGACGGAGUUGGUGGGAGAAGGCCUUCUCGAUAGUCUGGGUCUUCUAAAAAUGGCGUUGGGAAGAAAUAAAGGUAUUCUAUGAACAGCAAACAGCCAUAAACAUCAGCAGCUCAACAAAUAGACAAUUAUUCAAAACAACUCUUAAUAUCGAUACCGAUGGAGCAAGUAAAAUUACGCAGAGUCAUAAUCUCACAACCCUCACAAGAAAUGACCAACUAAAGACAAAAAUCUUGAAAACAACAAUUGAGGAUUGGCUACCACCGUCCUAAUAAACUUGGAAUCAAUGGCCAAACCCAUACUCCUAAUUUCAUCCACAAAAGCCCACACAGAUACAAGGGGUAGAAACACGACGAGGUCCAUUGAAUAAAACAGCAUUAGUCUUAAUUUAAUUAACAGCCAAACCAUUUGACCAGUUUUCCAACUGCACUUCUAAAGAAAACAUGGCUCGAUAUUCACACAAAUCCUCCAUAUAUACACAUUCAAACCUAAAGGAAUCACCAUCAUUGGACCUGAAUUACCAGGACAUCAACAAAUGGGACAUAACUACUUGUUUUAGGAUUCCAAAAAAAAAUUGUAGUUCAUAUUACUUCCAUUGGCAUGCGAGACAUUCAUUUCCAAUUCAAAGUUUUGCAGUUGAAAUUAAAAAUAAUUAAAAAAUUAUAAAUCGAAUAAGUCAAUUUGGGCUCAUAUAACAUUGGUAUGUAAUAUUUAGUCGGAUAGGAGGAUGGCUGAUUUUUAAGUUGUUUGAAGAAUGCCAUUUUAAUUUCAGAGCUUUAAAUGUACUCUAGAUACUCUUGCUUUUUAUCGUCUGCAUGAUAAAAAAGCAAUGGCAAGGUUAAAGAA